AUGGUCUGCUCCGUUGCCUGGUGCAGGUUUAUAUUCCUGACCAAAGGCCUGAGUGUCCAUAGCCUCUUUUGGCUGGGCACGCCAUACUUGGGGGUGGUCCUGGAAGAAGUAAGCAGGGUUGUGUGUGCCUUGUCUGAAGACAUGGAAACACACCCUAGUCCUUAUGGCUGUCCAUGGGAGUUGGGGAUACGUACAGCUAUUGGAUUUUUUGUUGUUGUCUUGUUUUUGUGGAGAAGUUUUCAGUCUGUGAGAAGCAGGCUUUACUUGAGAAGAGAAAAAAAACUUUCUGAAAUAAUUGAGAAAAAAUGUGGACUGCUUGAAAAAGUCAGUCUUGUCCAAAAAGAAUAUGAAGGCUUAGAGUCAUCUUUAAAGAAUGCCAUUUUGGAGAAGGAGGCAAUAUACGCAAACCUGGAUAGGUCCCUAUCUAAAUUUGAGGAAGAAAUACUCUUUCUAGAAGAAGAGCUAAAAGAAGAGAAAACUAAACAUUCUCAACAGGAUGAAUUGAUAGAGUAUAUAUCAAAAAGGAUGAAGUCCCCAGAAGAGGAAUCAAAAUCCCUCAGUUCACAUAUACCUGAAGCUACAACAACCUUAACAAUAUUUCACCUGAAUGCAGAAGGACUGAAGGUACCAAUAAAAGAAGUUUCAAAUGAAAAUUCCCAGCUUCUGGAAAGUCAGAAACAGCUUUUACACGAAGGGGAAGUAUGGGAAGAAGAAGUGAAUGGCCUUAAUCAUCAGAAAACAACACUUGAAGACUCCAAAGAACAUGAAGAACAAGUUCUAAGAGAGAAAGAAAAUCACAUUAAGUCUCUGUCUGAACACUUGCUGAAAGAUUGGGCUCCUGUGCUUGAAGAAGACCUAACAGACGAUGGUAACUUGGAGUUGGAAAUGAAAAGUGAAUCAGAAAUCGGUGCUCACUUAGAGGAUCAGCCAAAAGGAGAUUUGAAGAAACAGCUUUAUGCUGAUAAGUUAAAUUCCUCUUUUAAAAUCUUAGAAGGAGAAAGAAAUCAAGUUUUUACUUUAGUAUCUGAAGUCGUUGAAACAAAGGAAGACCUUAUAGAAGAGAUUAAAAAUCUUAAGACAGAACAAGCAUCUCUGCAGUCAAAAAAUACACAAUUGGAAAGUGAGAAUCAGCAUCUUGAACAGAAACUUAAACUCAUCAUUGAAGUAUAUGAAGCAAUUGUAAUGAAACUCCAGAGGAAAGUAAGAGAAGAGGAAAAUGACCGGGUAGUGCAAGAGGAGAAACUUUUCAAAAUGGAGGAAAACAUCAGCCAUGCAAGUGAACAGCUUAAGACCUAUAGAAAGCAAGUCAAAGACCUUGAAGAAGAAUUAGAGAGAACCACUUAUUUUUAUCAGGGGCAGAUUACACACUAUGAGGAAAAAGCACAAGAUAAUGAGUGGGCAGCUCAGAGGGCUGAAAGAUACCUCAAUGAUUUAGGGAAACACGAGGCUCACGACAGUCAAAACUUCACCGAAAAUGAGUUUAAAUUUUAAAAUGAUCCUUCUGCACUUCAUGUUUCAAAUACAGCCAUUGGAAGAGGCUCAAGAGGCCCAGAGAAUCCUCUGGGCCCUCAAAUUAUCAAUGAAAGAAGAGAAUCCGGCUAUGAUGGGAUAACUGAUCAUCAGAGAGUGCCUUAUAACAUUAGGCCCCUGUCAUCUCCAUGGGAACAGAACCCUAAGAUGAUGACGGCUCCACCAGGCCAACCAUAUUGUGAUCUGCGUCUUCCUCUACCAAGGCAAGAUGGAUGUGAUUCUAAUUACGGUGGACCCUCGGGACCAGCAGAACUCAGAAGUUCUACUCUGCCGCCUUUGGAUCAAAUGGAUGGGCCUAUGUUUUCUGAAAUGGAAUCCAGUAGAAAUGAUUCCAAAGUUGAUCUUGAUAAUUCCAAUGUGCCCGAUUCAUCUCUCCCUGCUGAAAACCAAGAAACUGCCUCUGGCUUUGCUUUCUCACCUUUCCCUCCAAUCAGAGGUCCAUUGUUUCCAGUGGAUCCAAGGAAUCAGUUCAGUUAUGGUGGUUUUCUAGAGUCAUAA